CGAACGGCGGCAAGAGCCAGCUCGAGGGCAAGCACCCCCUUACCUCUGGCCUACCCACUCCCGCAUGACAAGCAACCCAGAGUCGCACCAGACCAGAAUGAACCAUGCGCCUGGACACGCAGACAAGGGCUGCCCCGCCGGCUGAUGCUUGCUAAUCCUGUGCUGCCCUGCCACCCGUCGCCUAACAGUGUACUGCCUGUCGCACAUUAUUCGCCUCAGUACCGUCAACUAACUGCCAACGUGCAUUCUGCACUCUGCACUCUGCACUCUGCACCCUGCUGCACUCCGCACUCCGCUCCUCUGCGUCUGCCAACACUUUUCCUCCUCCUCGUCUGUCUGCCUGUCUAUCUCGUGUGUGCAAGAGACACAUCGCCCAUGUGCCUCUCUCUACCUCAGGCCAUCGCCAACCGCUAGCACCACGACGAUCCCGUCUCAGACCACGCCAUCGCCCGUCCAACAAACACUCCGACAAACACCCAAGACCGGCUAAUUCGUCUGCUCUGUCAUCCCAUCAAUAGACUUCGUCUCCCCCACAGACGGACCUGCCACCUUCACGUCUCAUCCGUCCCAACAUUUUCCCUCGGCCCAAACAGAGUCGACCUUGGGCUUGUAUAGACUCGGUCGGAUGGCUCCUGUCCGUCCACAGCGCAAAGGGCCUCGGCUCAUCAUCCUCAUCAGGCAUGCACAGUCCGAGGGAAACAAGAACCGCGAGAUCCACCAGACCAUACCUGACCACCGCGUCAAGUUGACCCAAGAUGGCUGGCAACAGGCCUACGACGCCGGCAGGCGCCUGCGCAAGAUGCUCCGCGCUGACGACACAUUGCACUUCUUCACCUCGCCCUACCGCCGCACAAGGGAAACCACCGAGGGCAUCCUGGCCACGCUGACCUCGGACGAGGCAGAGCCCUCUCCCUUCAAGCGGAACAACAUCAAGGUAUACGAGGAGCCCCGGCUUCGCGAGCAGGACUUCGGGAACUUCCAGCCAUGCUCCGCCGAGAUGGAGAGAAUGUGGCAGGAGCGUGCCGACUAUGGUCACUUCUUCUACAGGAUACCCAACGGUGAGAGCGCUGCGGAUGCAUACGACCGCAUCAGCGGCUUCAACGAGAGUCUCUGGAGGCAGUUUGGCGAGGACGACUUCGCCAGCGUGUGUGUUCUGGUAACUCAUGGUUUGAUGUCACGCGUCUUUCUCAUGAAAUGGUACCACUUCAGCGUCGAGUACUUCGAAGACCUGCGGAACAUCAACCACUGCGAGCUCCUCAUUAUGAACAAGCAGGAGAGCGGCAAAUACGUGCUAGAAAAUAAGCUUCGGACAUGGUCGGAACUCCGCAAGGAAAGGGCACUAAAGAAGGGAAAGGAGAGGGAGAGGGAGAAGGCCGACACGGGCACCCCAGGUAGCAAGGACACAUCCAAGCUCGACAAGGCCCUCUCUGCAGAGUCGCCCAUGAAGCCACCGCGGAGAUGGGGUGGUUGCCCCAAUGGCUGCUCCCACGACAAGUCCUUCCGGCUGCGUUCCGCUCUUGCCGACCUCGUACAUCGCGAUGGUACCUCGGUACACCCUAACCUGUCCGCAGUCCCGUCGCCCGUGACGACAACUGUCAGCGCCAGUUCUUCCCUGGCCGCUCUUGGCUUUGCCACGCCGCCAACCACAAACGGCACAUCGACGCCGUCGUCCAAUCUGGGGGCCCGGCGCCCAGCGGCGAGGCGCUUCCAGUCCGAAGACGAUGACUCGUCUUCUGAUGUUGAGGGUGAGCGCAACCGCACGCCGCAGAUAGACGUGGCCAAGGCCCGCGACGAGACUGUCUCUAGCCCAGACGGGACACCGAGCUUCAUCUCCGUCGAUGAUCGCCUCCGUGCCCAGGACAUGAAGAGCCCACCGGCCAACGGCAAGACCCCAAUGGCCAUAUUACCGCUCCUGUCCGCCAGAGGUCGGGACUUUGGCGGCACGCAAAGUGGGCAGACGUCCUGUGCAGGAAGUGACAUGGACUCAUCCGAGGACGACAGGGCCAGGCAGCGCAAACAGAGCAGCCUAGGGCUGAAGGUUAUCACGUCACGCGUUGCCGAGAUGAGCGUCAUGGGCGAUGGGGACAGUGCGCCUGGCAGUGGCAAGCGGGACCAGUCAGGGAUGGGGCGUGGGACGAUGGCCAAUAGGCUGGGCGACUCGCCAGUGAGCAGCAGCUCCGGCUGCUGCGAGGAGCACCAUCAUCAGCAGGGUGAGCACAGCAACGAGAACGAGCACGAGCACGCAGAUGACGAGCGCGAGAGGGGAAACGAUGAGGAUGAUGCGGAUGAAAUGUCUGACGCCGAGAUCGACAGAGCCGAGAGGGAGGACCGCUCUAUCAAGGGGAGCGUCUACUAAGUUCCACGCGAUGCUGUACAAAAUCCUGCAACCCCCCCCCCCUGGCUUAAUGGGACUUGGGAAACGGUGCGAUACAGAAAGGUGUUACUUUUUGGAUACUUGGCGUUUCGGGCUAGGAUGGAAGGGAAGGUAUUGCAUAUUCGCGGAGGAGAUACCACCGUCGCCGCCAGAUUGAUUAGCACCCGUUGGCACACAGCACACGCAUAGAUGACGAGAGCGUUUGCCCAGAAGGACAUGAGUAGAAUGAGACAAGUACAGCACGAUGUUAUGAAAACUGCACAAACUUUUUGUAA